ACUACGAUAUCUUCGGUGUAUUUCUGGACAAACAUUUAAUUCAGUUUUUAUUUAACAAGCGACUUGGUCGAGUUGAUAAGUUUAAUUUGAGGAGCACCAAGGAUAUUGUGGUUGUGUCCAUUGUGUUGUUCUUCAUUUUAGUUUUUUUAAAAGAUUCCUUUGGGUUUUUAUUCCGAUUUAUUUUAACUAUUUAUUGACCAAGUGUCAGCCAGCCGCAUAAAAAGCAACAAAAUCGCUGACGUACUAGGCCAAAUAGUUCAGCAGCUGUGUGUUAUAAGCCAGCUGUGCGGGGAAUAAAGUGCAUCGAAAAGAAAGGGAGACAAACUUCUAUAGAAAUAGAAAAAACUAUUCUCAAAUACAAUUGCAUCACGUGAGUAUUACGUGAACGUCAAAUAGUAGAAGGAAAAACGCAUCGCAGCAAAACCGACUUAACUUCGAUAAGAGGAAAUAUCCUCAAAGCGGCUCCAUCCAGCUAGGCCAUCGCCGUUAACGCAAAUUACUUUAAAUUUUUUUUUGUGGACGUUUUCCACAUAUUUUCCAAAAGCACUAAAUAAACCACAACCACGUCUCAACACGACAUGAACAACCUGCCCGACACUCCAAUACCCGAUCCGGGAUCUAGCGGUGAUAAACAAGAGGUUGCCACCGCCGCCGCUCCAAGCAAGUCAAGUGCACUCAAAAAGACCAGUCGUUAUCGCAGUCGUUCUUUAUCAGCUUCAUCUACGGAUUCUUUUAGCUCGGCAUCAUAUACUGGCAGUAGUUCUGAUGACGGCGACGAUGUACCGCCACGCGAAAAAGUUCAAAAGAAUACCAAAGGCAAUUCGGACUUUUGUGUACGCAACAUUGCCGGUCAGCAUGCUUUUGGUCGGCGAGAAAUCGAAAUUGCCGAACAGGAGAUGCCGGGUAUAAUGGCACUCAGGAAGCGGGCUGCCGAUGAUAAGCCGCUAAAAGAUGCUAAAAUCGUCGGCUGUACGCACAUCAAUGCACAAACAGCGGUGCUCAUUGAGACUUUAGUGGAGUUAGGCGCAUCAGUGCGUUGGGCUGCAUGCAACAUAUACUCGACGCAGAACGAAGUUGCCGCCGCCUUGGCUGAAGCGGAUAUUCCGAUCUUUGCAUGGCGCGGAGAGACGGAGGAGGAUUUCUGGUGGUGUAUCGAUCGUUGUGUAAAUGCGGAGAGCUGGCAACCGAAUAUGAUAUUGGACGAUGGCGGCGAUGCAACGCACCUAAUGCUGAAGAAAUACCCCACAAUGUUCAAGCUUGUAAAGGGCAUAGUGGAGGAGAGCGUUACAGGAGUCCAUCGUCUGUAUCAAUUGUCCAAAGCUGGCAAAUUAACUGUGCCUGCAAUGAAUGUCAACGAUUCGGUAACGAAAACGAAAUUUGACAAUCUCUAUAGCUGCAAGGAAUCCAUACUGGAUAGCUUGAAACGUUCAACGGACGUUAUGUUCGGCGGCAAACAAGUGGUCGUUUGCGGCUAUGGUGAUGUCGGCAAAGGAUGUGCACAGGCGUUGAAGGGACAAGGUUGCAUUGUAUAUAUAACGGAAAUAGAUCCGAUUUGCGCAUUACAAGCCAGCAUGGAUGGCUUCCGCGUUGUUAAGUUGAACGAAGUGAUACGCAACGUGGAUAUUGUGGUCACAGCGACCGGCAAUAAGAAUGUUGUUGUGCGUGAGCACAUGGAUAAAAUGAAGAGUGGUUGCAUCAUAUGCAACAUGGGUCACUCAAAUACCGAGAUCGAUGUGAACGGCCUGCGUACCCCGGACUUGACAUGGGAGAAAGUACGUUCGCAGGUGGAUCAUAUUAUCUGGCCAGAGGGCAAGUAUAUUAUAUUGUUAGCGGAGGGUCGCCUCGUCAAUUUGUCAUGCUCCAGCAUACCGUCGUUCGCUGUGUCAAUUACUUCAGCCACGCAAGCGCUCGCCUUAAUCGAAUUGUUCAAUGCUCCUCCUGGCCGCUACAAGUCCGACGUAUAUUUGCUGCCGAAGAAAAUGGACGAGUAUGUGGCAAGCUUACACUUGCCAACGUUUGAUGCACAUCUGACAGAAUUGACGGAUGAGCAGGCUAAGUAUAUGGGUCUAAACAAGGCCGGACCUUUCAAGCCCAACUACUACAGGUACUAAAAAUUGUAGAGUGGAAGAAAAAGCGCUGUGCAAUUCUGGAAUGGUUUGUGUGGGUAUGAAUGAGAAUUGAGAACAAA